AUGACUCGCUUCGGUUUCCUCUCUCUGGCUCUAUUCUCUCUCCAGGCCUUCGUUGGCACCGGCUUUGCUGCUGAUACUGAGAAUGCUGAACCAGAGGUUCCCACUCUGGCUGUCUCGGCCCAGGCCUCUUUCCCUGCUUCCGAGAUCUUCGGUAUCAAGCUUGUCAACGGUCACCCUACCCAGGCGCUGAUCGCCAUCUCCAAUGAUGAGCCGAACCCUAUCACGGUGAACUUUGUCGGUGGUAGCCUUAGGAAACCCGAUGAUCAGACCCAGAUUGUCCGCAACUUGACUGCUACUCGUUAUGCUAUCGAAGUUCCCGCUGGCGAGAAGGAGACAAUCAGCUACAGCUUCGCCACCGAGAUGCACCCCCAGGAUCUCCAGAUGACUCUUUCUGCCAUUAUUUCGGAUAGCGAGGGCCGCUUGCUUCCUAUUCUUGCCCACAAUGGCACCGUUAGCAUCGUAGAGGCGGAUACCAGCAUCUUCGACCCCCAGAUCAUCUUCCUCUACUUCUUCCUGCUGGCCUGUGUCUCUGGCACUGGUUACUUCUUCUACACCGUUUGGGUCGCUCCUUACUUCCCCCAGAAGCGCAAGUCCGGAAAGAGCAGCGAGAAGCGCACCCAGGGCUCAAAGCGCGUUGAGACACCGGUUACCGAGGAGACUUCCACCGGCGCUGCGGUUUCUUCUGCCAGCACCUACAACGCUGAUUGGAUUCCCUCUCACCACAUCAACCGUCCCGAGGCCCGUAAGGUCAAGGGCCGCUCUAAGGCCCGUGCGUAA